UUCUCCAUCGUUUCCCGAUUUGCCCCUUCGCUCCAUAACGGUAACGAUUCCCUGGUUUUCCUCUCCCCACCCUCUCUCUCUAAACUUCUUCGGAGAGAGAAAAUUUUGAAAUUAGGUUUCGAUCGACCUUCGUUUUCAUCUGAAUUUCAUGCGAUUUCAUCUGAGAUUUCGAGUGUUCUGGGGAAUCUGUGAUCGGAUUGCAGAUCCGAGGAGGAAAUGGAGGUGGCAAAUGGCGGAAAGAGAUUGGGUCGGAGGAGGACGAUGACGAUGAACUGGGAUGAAUUGGGGGAUUUCGAUGAUGAAGACGAGCGGUUCUUCGAGGCUCACGGUCGGAUCUCAUCUGCCUUGUCUCUGGACUUGGCGGCGGCGUCGUCCUCCGACGAGGAUGAGGAUUUCGACGACUGCCGGAUCUCAUUCUCCUCCGCCGUCUCCUCCUUCACUACCGUAUCCAACGCCUCCCGGAAAUUCUAUUCGCCGGUGAUGUCGCCGGAUUACAAUAUCUGGAUGGCGGCGCCGGGAUCGAUCUCUGAGCGCCGCCGCCGUCUCCUCCAUAGUAUGGGGCUGGCGAGCAGCAAAGACCUUCUCCACGCCGUCUCGAUCCGUCGUCUUGUCUCUAACAAGUCCAUUGUCAUUAACGGUGAAGAUAAGGAGAAAGAAGCCGACGCGAAACCAGAUGAAGACAAGGAUCACCGUGAAGAAGAGGCUCUUCAAGAUCAUCUGGUUCCGAUUCUAUUCACUCGGUCUAGAUCGGAAUCAGAGAUUGAAAAAUUCUCAACAGAGAAACGGAGGGAAGAGGAAUUGCUUGGGAAAAUAUCGAAGCAACGCCUCACGAGAACGUCUUCAACGAUCGCGGCGGCUCGAGCCAGAAUUUAUCAGUACCAAACCCCUGCGAGACCUUCCCCUGUGGUCCGUCGGAAUGGACGAAAUCCUACGCAUUGUGGUUCCCCAGCAUUGACAUCUGUAGGUUCUAAUUCCCAGUACGCUGCUUUCUUCUUAAUAAAGAAUUUAGACACAGGGAAGGAAUUUGUAGUGAAUGAAUAUGAUGAAGAUGGAAUGUGGAAUAGACUUAGUGAUCUACAAACAGGAAAGCAGUUAACGUUAGAGGAGUUUGAGAAGUGUGUUGGGUAUUCACCUGUUGUGAAAGAGCUUAUGCGCCGAGAGAAUGUGAAUAGGAUGAAUUAUGAUUCGAUCGUGGAUCUUCGAAAACUGAAUUCCUAUCUGUCAAAGAGUGUGAGAUUAAGCAAGAGAAGAGGGGCUGCUCUACUCAAGAACAUAAAAGGUGUAGCUCAUUCUAUGAGUUUAAAGGUUGCCGAAAAAGAUAUCACCGGCAGUAUUACCAAUAGCCCAAAGAAGGGAACUGAUCAAAAACAUGGAAAAGCUAAUCAGUGGGUGAAAGUGAGACAAACAGGAAAAUCUUACAAGGAACUGAGCGCCUUGCAUAUGUGUCAAGAGAUCCAAGCUCAUGAGGGAGCGAUCUGGACCAUCAAGUUCAGUGCAGAUGCACACUAUCUAGCAAGCGCGGGAGAAGAUCGUGUGAUUCAUGUGUGGGAAGUGCAAGAAUGCGAAAUCAUGUCAAUGGGUGAAGGGAGUCUCACACCGAUUCAUCCUUCACUAUGUGACUCGAUGGAAAGAUCGUCAGCCAUGAGUGAAAGUCCAUUAGUUUUCCUAGAAAAGAAGAAGAAAGGGAAGGGCUCUUUAAGCCGAAGAGUCAAUCAUAUUCCAGAAUAUGUUCAUGUUCCGGAAACUGUGUUCUCCUUCUCAGAGAAACCCAUCUGCUCUUUCAAGGGUCACUUGGAUGAUAUCUUGGAUUUGUCAUGGUCCAAAUCUCAGCUGCUGCUUUCAUCUUCCAUGGAUAAAACAGUCAGGCUAUGGGAUUUAGACAGCAGAAGCUGCCUCAAAUUGUUUGCCCACAAUGACUACGUGACAUGCAUCCAGUUCAAUCCAUUAGACGAAAACUAUUUCAUCAGCGGAUCACUUGACGCCAAGAUUCGGAUAUGGAACAUAUCCGAGCGACAUGUAGUGGAAUGGAGCGAUCUUCACGAAAUGGUCACUGCUGCUUGCUACACCCCAGACGGCCAGGGUGCAGUUAUCGGAUCUCAUAAAGGCGUUUGCCGUGUUUAUGACGCAGAAGAUUGUAAGCUGAGUCAAACUAACCAGAUUGAUGUACAAAGCAGUAAAAAGUCUCAAUCUAAAAAGAAGAUCACUGGUUUACAGUUUUCUCCGGUGAAUCCAUCUGAAGUUCUUGUCACCUCUGCCGAUUCUCGGGUCAGGAUCUUGGACGGUUCUGAAGUUAUUCAUAAAUUCAAAGGAUUCAGGAAUACAAGCAGCCAAAUCUCAGCAUCGUAUAGCCAAGACGGGAAGUACAUCAUAAGCGCGAGCGAGGAUUCACAGGUCUACGUAUGGAGAACUGACCACCACCGAACCGCCAUGACUCGAGCCCACGAACACUUCCCAUGCAAAGACGUCUCGGCCGCCGUCUCAUGGCACGGCCACGUCAGAGGCGAGCCACCCCCCGUCCAGAUCCACUCCAAACGCCAUUCCAAACGCAUCCAACCGCCCUCCACCGCCGGUUACCCCACCAAGGACGAUAACCCAGCUCCUCCGGUUACCAGAAGGAAGCCCGGUUUACCACCUCUACCCAAGCAAACGCAGAUGCAGACGCAAACGCACACGCAGGAGGAGGAAGAGGCGGGGCCGGAGGUGGGAAGGGGGGAGUCGUUCAGGUCGAGCUUCGGGGAAUCGGCUUCUAUAAACAAUGCGUCGUCGAGGGCGUCAUCGUGGUCGUGGUUAGACGUAGGAGGGGGUGGGGCCCACCAGACGGUGCAGCCGACGGCGUGGGGGAUGGUCAUUGUCACGGCCACGCUCGGCGGUGAGAUCAGAGCUUAUCAGAACUUCGGAUUGCCACGUCGGAUUGGCCGGCAGACCGCUCUCUUCUGACUUUCACUUUCACCGAGGGAUUUGUGAUUCUCUCUCUAUCUCUCUGGCUUUUUGUAAUCUGUUCACUCUUCUGAUGAUGGUAAAAAAAAAAACAGUUUUGGAAGGGUGUUUUUGUCUUUUUGUUGUUUGUAGAGUUACAUUAACAGAAAUGGGGGAGCAAAAAAAGUGUACGUAGUCUCUUCUUGUUUUGGGUUUAAAUUGAUCAAAGGAUACAAGUUUGUGGUUAAUAAAUCUAGAC